AUGUCUGUAAUAAAAUCAUUAUUCAACGCUAACAAGCUAACUACUUUGACUGAAACAUGUAAUAGUUUGGUGAAUACCGUUUCUAAAAUAUGGUCUGUUGAAAGUGGAAGAUUGGCAUUGCCUGGUGGCUAUACCAUUGAACCAAAUAAUUGGGAUAUUUUUUCCAAUGGUGGUAUGUUAUUAGCAGUACCCAAGAAGAAAGUUUCCCACCAGAAGAAGAGACAAAGAUUAUACGCACCAGGUAAAAAACAACUAAAAUUCCAACAUCAUUUGAAUAGAUGUCCAUCUUGCGGUCAUUAUAAAUUGGCUAAUACCUUGUGUACAAAUUGUGUUCAAGAAAUUCGUCAUAUUUGGAAAACUCAUACAAACAAAAAAGUGGAGGACCCAAUACAAGAACAGGAAUUAUCAGAAUUGGAUAGAAGAUUGAUAUAUCCAGGUAAGAAAGAAACAGAAUAUGAAAAGAAGUUAAACAAUAAAGAUAAAUAUCUGAAGCGUACUAUAAAGACUUUGCCCGUUGAAAAUAAAUAG